CUUUCAAUUCCUCUUUUGCCACUAAUUCCUGUAACAACUUCUAAUUGAAUAAUUGCUAGGCCGGUUGAUUCUCUUCUAGUUUCAAUAUAUUGUCCUAGAUUUUGGUCCUCUUAUACUUUUUCUCACCUAAUUGCCAAUAGCGACGGCAAGGAAAAAGGGAAUCAACCAGCUAAACCAGCAAAAACCGCUCUCCCGAAUUUGCCCGCAAUGGCAGCUCUUCGCUCUACCUCAUCACGGCUGUUCGCCGCCGCUGCCUCGUCGCGGCCCGCCGUGUUCCCGUCCGUGUUCGUACGAUCGAUGGCUUCAUUAGGUGACGCCACGGUCCAGGCGAAUCCGAAAAGCAGCACCGACUCCCGCAUGAAAUCGUUCCAAAUCUACCGAUGGAACCCUGACACUCCGACCGAGAAGCCGAGGAUGCAGACGUACACGCUGGACCUAAACAAGACGGGACCCAUGGUCCUCGAUGCUUUGGUCAGGAUCAAGAACGAGCUAGACCCCACGUUGACCUUCCGCAGAAGCUGCCGAGAAGGUAUCUGCGGCAGCUGUGCGAUGAACAUCAACGGGACGAAUACCUUGGCUUGCUUGUGCCGUAUACCCACGGAAACCAGCGCUGAGAUGAAGAUCUACCCGCUACCCCACACAUACGUCGUCAAGGACCUCGUCCCAGACUUGACACACUUCUACAAGCAGUACAAAUCGAUCAAGCCUUACCUACAGCGGGAUACCCCCUCCCCAGAUGGCAAAGAAUACCGACAGAGCAAGGCUGAGCGCCGAAAGCUAGACGGUCUAUACGAGUGCAUUCUGUGCGCGUGUUGCUCGACGUCGUGCCCCUCAUACUGGUGGAACGCCGAGGAGUACCUAGGACCCGCCAUCCUCCUACAAUCGUACCGCUGGCUAGCCGACUCUCGCGACGAGCGCAAGGCAGAGCGCAAGGCCGCGCUCGACAACUCGAUGAGCCUGUACCGAUGCCACACCAUCCUCAACUGCACGCGGACCUGCCCCAAGGGUCUGAACCCGGGUCUGGCGAUUGCCGAGAUCAAGAAGGAGAUGAGCUUUUAAGCUAAGCUAAGCGAGGUAUAGAGAAGUACGAAACGGGAUGAGGUUGGAAAAGCGAGGAGAGAGGCAACUGUAUAAAGCUGGGCGACGGGAUAUGUAUGCUCAGGGGCCUGUUCUGUCCGGCGCCGGUGGCGGCGGUUUUAUAACGUCGUUAGCCGUGUUCCUUUUGUCUGGGAGCAUGAUUGGAGUUGCGAGUCUC